CCAAUGUAACUGAGUGUCCUGCUUCGGACUUGAGUCUUUGCAACAUAAUUUUCCGUCCGAAUGGUGAGCGUGCUAUGACCACCUCCCUGGUCCUGAAUCCUCGCUGGGCGGACACGGUUAUGUUUGUGUAUGAAAACAACUUGGAUGAGCUGAAGAACAUGGAGGGUCUGGUUGGAAGCGGCAAUUUUGCGGCCAACCAGUGCAGGAAUCUGAUGGCCCACUCUGCUUUGAGUGGCCACCCGUCUAGCCUCGUCCACGGCUCCAGCUAUUCCACUAUGGACGUAUCGACAUCAAGUUCUGCAGAGUCUGGCAAGCAGUGCACACCGUGCCCAACGGUUCCACAGGCCUCGUCCACCGGUCCCAUCCCGUACGGCUACUUUGGCAACAGCUAUUAUCCUUGCAGAAUGGGGCGGGGUUCCCUCAAAUCCUGUACGCAGCCGAGUGCACUCAGCUACUCUGCAGAAAAAUACAUGGAUACCCCGGUCACAUCUGAAGAAUAUCCUAGCAGGGCUAAAGAGUUCGCCUUUUACCACAGCUACCCCAGUCCCUACCAGUCCAUGGCCAGUUAUUUGGACGUGUCGGUGGUACAGACGCUUGGAACGGGAGAGCCGCGACACGAUAGUCUCCUACCUAUGGACAGCUAUCAACCUUGGGCUCUGGCUAACGGAUGGGGUAGUCAGAUGUAUUGCUCCAAGGACCAGAGCCAGGCGGGUCAUCUCUGGAAGUCUGCGUUAGCAGAUGUUGUGGCCCACCAACAUGACGGGGGCUCAUUCCGUCGAGGUAGAAAGAAGCGGAUACCGUACACAAAAGUACAACUCAAGGAACUGGAGAAAGAAUAUGCAGCCAACAAAUUCAUCACAAAGGACAAGAGGAGAAAGAUUUCAGCGGUAACCAACUUAUCCGAGCGUCAAAUCACGAUUUGGUUUCAGAACAGGAGGGUUAAGGAAAAGAAAUUCAUUGCCAAAGUUAAGAACAGUGCGCCAUAGAGCAAAGCUGAAUUAGUGUUUUUCUCGGUGACUUCAAAUUAAGGGAAGCAAAAAAGUCAUCGCGAGGACGUUUCUUGGACUGGGGGAUGAAUGUUUUCUUUUCUCAGCGCAUUUACACAAAACAAAUAAAUGGAUGGGACUCAAAAAUGAAUAAUCUUAAUAAAAUGAAAACAAGGACAAUAUAGCUUGUAUAUAACGCACGUGCCUGACUAUAUGUAACUGUGUUCGUUUAAAGUCUUUUAGUCUUCUUUUAGCUUGCAUUUAAAUGUUAGGUAUGUCAAUUGUUGUCGUUGUUGUUGUUGUAGCGUAGUCCUAUACCUUAUUAUUCAAUACCUGUCAGUACCUAUAUACUAUGUUUAUAUCGCUUGUAAAACAUAAUAACAUAUAUAUCACAAACCUUAAUAAAUGUGUUAAUUACA